CGCGACCCGCCUUAAGAAAUCACACAAUUAUUCGGUCGAUAUGACGACCCAGACGUCUCAGUUUACGUUGGAGACUAGACCGAUAUUGAUCCACGAGAACUCGACCUCCCAAUAUUGCGAUGUUUCGACGACGACCGAACUAAACGCCCCCCAACCUCUGCACUUUUUCGUUAAUACAAUAAGUCCGACAGAAUAUCACCAAACGGACUCCACCGAAACGACAUGCAAUGUCCAAAACCUCAAAGAUAACAGCAAUAUCAGCGAGACAAACGUUCCAAAACCAGUUUCAUCAGAAUUAGGUGACGAAGUACAGAAAGAAGCUGACUGCCCGGAGCCAUUUUCCCAGCCGUCAACAUCUAAGGAUGAUGCGACUCUUGUUGAAAUAUAUGAUACCAGCCUUAAUAAAUCACAAAAUAUUUCGGUCGAUAUGACGACCCAACCGUCUCAGUUUACGUUUGAGGCUGAACCGAUAUUAAUACACGAGAACUCGACGCCCCAAUAUUGCGGAGUUGCUACUACGACCGAGGGAUACAACAUUCAACCGGUACCGGUUUUCUAUAUCGUCCAAACAACGUUACAAACGAGUGAUAGUCAAGCUCCGCAACAAUAUUAUCAAUCGGACACUGCUCAGCAGCUCUGCAUCGAUAACAUUGACGAAAAUAAUAUCACAAGCGAUCCAACAUCCAAUUCACCUGAAUCAGAUUGUGUUCUGCGGUAUGAUGACGAUGACGAGGAAGUACAGAAAGAAGCCGACUGCCCGGUGCCAUUUUCCCAGCCGUCGACGUCCAAGGAUGUCGAGGAAGUACAGAAAGAAGCCAACUGCCCGGUGCUAUUUUCCCAGCCGUCGACGUCCAAGGUUGACCACGUACAGCAAAAUAAUAGCGGGACGGCUUCAGAUAUCAUGCACUCUGAAACUGUUUCUGAGCCGUUGACUUCGUCAGAAUCCUCUCUUCCGGCGGUUCCCGGACCAUCAUCCUCAAAACCAAGAAUCUCUAAAGCUUCCAAGAAAAAGGAAUCUUUCAGAGAGAUGGUGGGGAUACAACAAAGCUGCGCUAUAAGACCUUCUAAACCGAAGACUGCCGUGCCUUCCACGUCGCGAUCCUCUAAAGCAGCUCGUGUGAAGCCUACAAUGCAAUCCAAUUUGUGCUCCUCAGUGAAUAUUAACAAUGUAAGCGACGCCAUCAACGCUACUGAGGAGACCAAAAAUAAGCUAUGCAAGACAUGUGCCAAGUGCACCGUCAUUGCCAAAAUACACGACCGGCACGAGGUAUCACGAGCACGGCAGCAGCAGAACAGCACCGACGUUUAUGAAUUCGACGCUCAAACUGACGACUCGUCGAGGGUUACACCAUUCCAUUCACAAAGCAAGCGGCGAAAAGCGCGUGCGCAGGGUUCCAGCGUCGACACCAACUCUGAAGAGGAGCAAAACAAAGCGCCCGCCCAAGAGCACUCUUUAGAAGAGAACGAGGAUGAUUUUAACCAAUUGCUCCAGCAAUUGAGCACGGCGCCAAAAACUAAACCUGCUCAGAAGAAGAAAAAGAAGCCGACACCGAGGAGAGCUGCUUCUCCUAAGCCGUCAACAUCGAGGGGAUCAGCUUCUGAGAGACUGGCUGCUAGAAGAUCAAAGUUCCAGAGCCCGUUGAUACAAAUAACGCAGGAGGAAAAAAAGAAAUCAAUGAAACAGCCAACCACCAGUCAAAUGGUAGAGGCACCUACGUUCCACUUGACAGAAGAGGAAUUUAAUGAUCCGAUAGUAUUUUUCACAAAAAUAUUGCCGGCAGCAGAGAAAUACGGUAUAUGCAAAAUAGUGGCACCGAAAACUUUCAAACCGAAGUGUCACCUGUCAGAGGACAUGAACUUUAAAGUGACGAACCAGCACCCCGCACGAAUGUACAAUCGCUGGGGUCCCGCAUCACGCGAAUAUGCCGUUAUGAAAGCCUAUUUGGCCUCGCAAAAAGUCUUGUACAGCCGAGGGCCGCUGGUGGACGGCAUAGAAAUCAACUUACACAAAUUCUAUCACGUAGUACAAUCAUUUGGGGGUUUGGAACAGGUGGAACAAAAACGGCGUUGGAGCCGUGUAGCCGAAGCUAUGUGCUUGCCGGAAAAAUGCAAGACUAAACUGGAAAAUAUAUACGUUAAAUAUUUACUACCUUUUGACACCGCAUCCAAAUUGGAGCGGGAACAACUGAUGGGAUUGGUAGAGAAACGAUGGAAUGCGAAGUACAAUAAGAUGCGGAAAUGGGCUAUGAAUCCAUUGCACGCUCAAAAAAAGCUUCUCGGCGAGUCGGACUCGUCGGAGGAUGAGGAAGAGGAGAAUGACUUGUUAUCCAAGGUCUUGAAGGAGGCCGAAGACUGCGUCACCCCUGGUCGCAAAAUGGAUUUUGCCUCCUUCAAAAAAGUGGCGAAGCACGGAAUGAACAUGCAUUUCCCGAACGGCGCCACGACAGAAGAAGUGGAAAAAGCAUAUUGGGACCACGUGCUGCUCGGUAGAGAGCACGUGGUUGUUCACGCGGCGUCUAUCGAUACCGGGCCCGAAGCCUACGGCUUCAGCAAGAGCAAAGACCCUUGCAGCAAACACCCAUGGAACCUAAAGAUGCUGAGCAACAAUCCGGGCAACGUACUGCCUGCACUUGGCGACGUGCUGGGCGUGACAGUUCCAACAUUGCAUUUUGGGAUGGUAUUCGCCACUAGCUGCUGGCACCGCGAUCCGCACGGCCUACCAUGGAUGGAAUACAUGCACGAGGGAUCCUCUAAGAUCUGGUACGGGAUCCCCGCCGAUCAGAGCGAAUUCUUCCGUAAAGCUGUUGAGGAAUUGUGCCCGAUCCUGUGUCAGAACAAGUCGGUCUGGCUGCCGUCUGACAUAACAAUGAUCCCGCCGAAACUGCUGCUGGAACACAACGUGUCGCUUUCGCAUGUUGUGCAGAAUCCCGGAGAGUACAUCGUCGUGUUUCCGCAAGCUUACUCGUGUUCCAUUUGCACUACAUUAGUAGUGUCAGAAAGCGUGUACUUUGCCACCUACGAGUGGCUGAAGUCAGUCAACCAAGUAUUCCAAGAGCUGCGCGAGAGCUGCGAACCGACGGCGUUCUCGUUAGAACAAUUGUUGAUAGCGUUGUCGAAGAAUCAACCGUUACCGAUGUCCGUGCUGCAGCUCGUCCACGCAAGCUUGAGCACCAUUUUACAAAUGGAGAUGAGCAACCGACCAGCGCUCUACAGGAAAGGACUCACCCCGGUCAUUCUUCCACUUGAGAGCGAAAGUCAGCUCAGGCGACCAAAAAGAGGCAAGAAGCACGCAUGGAACGUGCGCGAUCUCGAUGACUGCCAAAUUUGCCGCACACCACUGUACAUCGCGAAGGUGACGGGCAUUACUGGGAAGAAAAUGGCACUGUGCACAACACACGCCUUGGGUCUUCUGGAGAUUCCGAAAUAUAAGAACGUCGACAUGGCCCAUGUGCAAUUCAUACAAUUCUUCUCAGACACACAACUCGAGGAAAUAUUGUCGAGUUUCCAGAGACGCCUUCAACAAGUGUAAUUAAGUUUUUAUUGAAUGUGCGUUCGGAUGGAUGGAUGUUUCACCAACAUGACAUUCAAUUUUUUUAGUUACUCCACAAGUUUAUUAUAAUUUAUUAAAUAAAAAUAGAACACUUAGCAUUUCGAU